AUGCGGCGGAAGCAGAAGCGGCUGCUGCAGGCGGUGGGGCUGGCGCUGGCCGCCCUGGUCUUCCUCCCCAACGUGGGGCUCUGGUCCCUGUACCGGGAGCGGCAGCUGGACGGCGGGAGCGGGAAAGAAGGCGGCGGCGCGGGGGGAGCCCGCGGAAUGGCGGCGGCGGCGGCGGCUGUGGUGGCGGCAGCGGCGGCCGCCCGCGGGGAGGCGCAGGGUUUCCAUGGAAGGAAAACGGAAGAUAUCCACCUUGAUAAUGGGCAAAAGAGAAAGGACUGGCAUGAUAGAGAUGCCAUAAGGAGAGAUUUGGAACGUACAGGAAAUGGUGAGCAGGGAAAACCAUAUCCUAUGACUGAUGCUGAGCGAGUAGACCAGGCAUACAGGGAGAAUGGCUUUAAUAUUUUUGUGAGUGAAAAAAUUUCUCUCAAUCGGUCCCUGCCAGAUAUAAGACACCCAAACUGCAACAACAAACUAUACCUCAAAAAACUCCCCAACACCAGUGUGAUAAUUCCGUUCCACAACGAAGGGUGGUCAUCACUUCUCCGAACAGUCCACAGUGUUCUGAAUCGCUCUCCUCCUAAACUGAUAGCUGAAAUUGUGCUGGUGGAUGAUUUCAGUGACCGAGAACACCUAAAGAAGCGUUUGGAGGACUAUAUGGCACGGUUUCCCAAAGUGAGGAUUCUCCGAACCAAGAAAAGAGAAGGGUUGAUAAGAACCCGGAUGCUUGGGGCUUCUGUAGCAAUAGGAGAUGUUAUUACCUUCUUGGAUUCUCAUUGUGAGGCCAAUGUGAACUGGCUGCCACCUCUGUUAGACCGCAUUGCUCGAAAUCGCAAGACUAUUGUUUGUCCAAUGAUUGAUGUAAUAGACCAUGACCAUUUUGGCUAUGAAACACAAGCUGGAGAUGCAAUGAGAGGAGCAUUUGACUGGGAGAUGUAUUACAAGCGUAUUCCAAUUCCUCCUGAAUUACAGAAACCUGACCCCAGUGACCCUUUUGAGUCUCCUGUAAUGGCUGGAGGACUGUUUGCAGUGGAUAGAAAGUGGUUCUGGGAGCUGGGAGGAUAUGAUGCAGGUCUGGAGAUAUGGGGAGGAGAACAAUAUGAAAUAUCAUUUAAGGUUUGGAUGUGUGGGGGUCGCAUGGAAGAUAUUCCUUGCUCCCGAGUAGGCCAUAUCUACAGAAAAUAUGUCCCUUAUAAGGUGCCAACAGGAGUUAGCCUUGCAAGGAACCUGAAGCGUGUAGCUGAAGUGUGGAUGGAUGAAUAUGCAGAAUAUAUUUACCAGAGACGACCCGAAUAUCGACAUCUCUCUGCAGGCGAUGUGACUGCUCAGAAGGAACUCCGUAAUAAUCUCAACUGCAAAAGCUUCAAGUGGUUCAUGAGUGAAGUCGCUUGGGAUUUGCCAAAGUUCUACCCGCCGGUGGAGCCUCCAGCAGCGGCCUGGGGAGAGAUCCGUAAUGUAGGGACCGGUCUCUGUGCAGAUACCAAACACGGAGCCCUGGGUUCACCACUAAGAAUCGAAACUUGUGUGAAAGGCAGAGGAGAAGCAGCCUGGAACAAUGUACAGGUAUUCACAUUCAGCUGGCGAGAGGAUAUCCGUCCAGGAGAUCCCCAGCACACCAAGAAAUUCUGUUUUGAUGCUAUUUCCCACAACAGCCCAGUAACCCUCUAUGACUGCCAUGGAAUGAAAGGGAAUCAACUCUGGAAAUACAGAAAAGACAAGACCCUUUACCACCCAGUAAGUGGCAGCUGCAUGGAUUGUAGUGAAAGUGAACGAAAAAUCUUCAUGAGCACCUGCAGUCCUUCCUCUCCAACACAGCAGUGGAUAUUUGAACACACAAACUCAACAGUGUUGGAAAACUUUAACAAAAACCUUGAUCUUUAAAGACUGUGUAUAUGUGUAUAUAUUACAGCUAUAGUUUUUACAGGGGAGAUGACAAAUUUU